GCUAUCUUUGUGAUAGCAGGCCAAUUACAGUUUAACGUAGACACAAUAACAUAAUGCGGGCAUUUAGAUUAUUCAUUUGUUUAUUUAUCAUUUUCCAUGAUAGUCUUGGUGCGGUCAUUCUCAGUUCGCCAGCUAAUGGCUAUCAUUUGAGGGUUGGUGUUCCCCUCGCCUCAAAGAUAAGGUUUGAAGAGUCUUUCAGGAUUGUUGGUGGAUCUCAAGUUGGCAAGGCUGAUGCUGUGCCUUACCAGACGGGUAUCAUAGCCAAGCUCACAACUGGCUGGACAUCGAUCUGUGGGGGCAGUCUCAUUUCGUCUACCAGGGUUCUUACCGCAGCCCAUUGCUGGUAUGAUGGGCACAGUCAGGCGGCAUCUUUCACCAUCGUCCUUGGAUCCCUGACCAUCUUUUCUGGAGGAUCUAGACAAGACACUUCCAGUGUCGUCGUUCAUCCAUCAUGGAGUGUCAAUGCAUUGCAUGACAUUGCUGUGGUUAAGAUCAAGGCUGUUGGUUUUAAUAACAACAUCCAAGCGAUUCCACUUCCCACAACAGCUGACGUUAAUCUAAGCUUCGAAGGUCUCAGUGGCCUCGUCACCGGCUACGGGAAAAUUACUGAUGCUCAAAACCAUUUCCCGACGACCACCAGCCUUCAUCAGACCACAGUUCCAAUCAUCAGCAACAAGGACUGUCAAAAGAGUUUCAGUGUGAACAUCCACGGUAGCCAUAUUUGUACCAGCGGCAGAGGAGGAAAAGGCACCUGCGAAGGUGACUCCGGCGGCCCUUUGACCAUUGUGAGAAACAAACAACGGAUUCUCGCUGGUGUGGUUUCCUUCGGUCCUGACGGAGGAUGUCAAGCCGGAUCUCCGUCUGUCUUUACCAGAGUAACUGCAUACCUCUCUUGGAUAAACUCGCACAUGUGAAUAUGUGAACGUUUUAUACAACCUUGAAAAUCUGAUCGGAAUACUCCAACAAAUUUAUGAAUUCAAAAUAAACCGAAUUACAAAAUUA